AUGCGUACAACCAGAACACAGCAGCAUAUAAGAGGAGCCAGAAACUCAGCAAGUCGUUCAGCUAAGGGAAGGCAAACUGCACUGAAGCUUAUCCCCAUGGAGAAAUCUACUGACAGGGCAGACAACAAAAACGAGUCCACGACUCCCGGAUUACCGCAGCUCGGAAAUGGUAGCCCCAAGGCCACCACAGAAUGUGCUUCAGGAAUGAGCACAGCAGCAGCUCUCAUAGAAAACGCUGAGGAUGUGAAGAGGCUGGGACUCGCUGAAGAGCAUGCUAAAGAAAUGGAGAGACUGCCAGGCACAGAGCUGGACAGCCCAGGUGGUUUUAAACCAGCAGCUUCAGAAAGGGACAGCCCAAACUCAGAGCCACCAAUGACGGUAAUGAACUCUUCAAUCUCUCCUGGGGUAUUCAGCUCUGAAAGGCGUUUGCCCAAAGCAUCUCUCGCAGAUAUGGACUGCCUGGUCUGCUUCAACAGGUACAACAUUUACAGAGUACCAAAGCUCCUGGCCUGCCAGCACGCUUUCUGUGCUGUCUGCCUUAAGCUUAUUCUUAGGAAAGAUGACAAGACUUGGAUCAUCACCUGCCCUCUGUGCAGAAAAGAGACUGUUGUGUUAGGAGGACUCAUCCGCACACUUCACAAUAAAGACGACAUCAUGGAACAUUUGGAAAAUCCUGAUUUAACUCUCGAGAUGUACAUCUCCCCCACAGGACUGGACAGCAAGAGCUGGACUCAAACCAGCCAAGAGACUUUACUCCGAGAACAAAACACUCCAGCGGACAACAGGCUGGCUAUCCAAAGACUUGUGCUGCUCUUGCUGCUUCUCGUGAUUCUUACCAUCCUCAUCCUCCCCUUUCUGUACUCUGGGCUGAUAAAAUGGGUAAUUUGCCUUAUGCUUACACUGGGGGUGAUCAUGUCUUUGGUGCUUUGCUGCAAUCCUAGACUCUAUUGCAGCUGCAGAGGGAACUCACUGGCCUCCUGCCACAAAGACACCAACAUCAGUGCUAUCGCUUGA